AGAAUGCGUCAAUUAGUUAAUCCAGCAACUUUUGGCAGGCCUUAUAUUUAUUUGGCUAAUUUUGGUUGUUCAAAUAGACCAGUAUAUCAUAUUGCUGUUUAUCCAGAUAAGGCUUUAGGAGAACAUUAUAGAGGAAAUAUGAUUGAAAAUCUUGGAACUUUUGAUCCAAUACCUAACGAUAGAAAUGAAAAAUUGGUUUCUUUAAAAUUCGAUCGAUUGAAGUAUUGGUUAGGCGUUAGAAAUGCUGAAGUAUCUGUUCCGUUACUUGAACUUCUUGGCCUUUCUGGUUUACUCCCGUUACAUCCAAAUACUUUUGUGAGAGCGCGUGCGUACAGAAGGCUUAUGUACAAAAGUAUAGAGAAGGCUAAAGAAGGCAAAAAUGAUAAGGAGGAUGAAAAAGCUUCACAAAAUGAAGAAAAAACUUCAAAUUAG